CCCUUUGGCUGACAUCACUAUAAUUACAGUUUCCUCUAAGAGAGCGAGUCAGACACAGAGUCAGUAGAGCAAGGGACAGCACUCGAGCAGUAUAGCCAGGCAUCUGGGGAUCUCACAUGUGGAAUAACUCAGAAGGAAUGAAUCUUCCACCUACAAGCGUCCCUGCUGACUACAUCACCCCAGCCUCAUAUGGAGACCAAAACAUCACCAAUGGCACUGGAUGCUUAGAUUCAGAUGCCUGGGAGUGGCUCUACAGCUGGCAGCCGGUGUACAUUGCAUUCAUCACCGUGCUGGGGAUUGUUUUUAACGUGUUUGUCCUGAUAGUUUUCUGCUUGCACAAGAAGGCCUGCACUGUUGCUGAGAUCUACCUGAGCAACCUGGCUGCUGCCGACCUCGUUCUGAUGUGUUGUUUGCCUUUCUGGGCUGUGAAUAUCUCCAAUGGGUUCGACUGGCCCUUUGGUCUGUUUUUGUGCAAAGUCAUCAACCUUGGCAUUAAGAUGAACGCCUACUGCAGCAUCUACUUCCUUGUUCUUGUAGGCAUGGAUCGCUAUGUGGCACUGGUGCAUACAAUGUCCCAUGGCAGAAUGCGUAGGCCAAAGUAUGCCAAACUGGGCUGUCUGCUCGUGUGGGGGUUUGGGUUACUGCUCUGUGUCCCUACUCUCGUCUUCAGGAAAGUAGAACAUUUCCCUGAGUAUGACGUACAUGCAUGCUUUCUGGACUACCCAAAACAUGUUCCCUACCUACAGAUUGGCUUUGAUGUGAUGUUGGUCAUUUUCAGCUUCAUUGUCCCAAUUUCGAUAAUCACAUUCUGCACUGUUAAAAUUAUUCAAGCUUUGAAGAUGCAGGCAAUGGAGAGGUUCAAUGCUGAGAAAACAGAGCAAAAAGCCACCACACUGGUGUUGGCGGUCCUUUUGGCGUUCCUGAUCUGUUGGGUGCCCUUCCAUGUGGUUGCCACUGUGGAUAUGAUGGUCCGUGCCGUUGGCUUGGUAGGGUGCCACCUCGAGGAUGUCCUUGACAUUUGCAACCAGAUGUUCACCUACUUAGCCUUUUUCAACAGUGUCCUCAACCCCAUCCUCUACGUCAUUGUUGGGAAAAACUUCCGGAAAAAAGCCCUAGAACUCUUCAAACAAUGGAACAUUAAAAGAGUGACGACCUUCGAGUCCACAAGGUCAAACCAGUCCUCUACACUGAAGACUUUGGUAUGACAUGAUUGCCCUUGAAGGCAAAUAUGGACUUCUGAUGCUAUCGUCUCUAUGCAGUUCUGCACUGACGUAAAUGACUCAAAUGAUAGGCUCAAUUCAUGAUUUGAAUUGAAGUACAUGUAAUGGUUUGAUUUGACCAAAUCAUUGUUCCCCAAAUCAAUCUGUGAUGUGUUGCCUUAAAAAAGUUAAAAUCCUGUUUCAUGUAUAUAUACAAGAAAAAAGAUCAAUGUAGAGAUUCACAAGCCUUGAAUGGCUGUGCCCAUGGAGAAGGUGUUACAGA